UCCCAGGUUCUCACCUGUGCUGUCUUUGGCCUGAGAGGAGUUGGCUUUUCAGUCGUCAUAGGCUGUAAGUCAGCUGGUGCUUCCAGGAUCAUUGGAAUUGACCUCAACAAAGGCAAAUUUGAGAAGGCCAUGGCUGUAGGGGCCACGGAGUGCAUCAGCCCCAAGGACUUUACCAAGCUCAUCAAUGAGGUGCUGUCAGAAAUGACAGGCAACAAUGUGAGCUUCAGUUUUGAAGUUAUUGGGCGUCUUGAUACAAUGGUUGAUGUCCUCACAUCCUGCCACAUGAACUAUGGGUCUAGUGUGGUGGUAGGCACUCCUCCAUCAGCCAAGAUGCUCACCUAUGACCCUAUGCUGCUCCUCACUGGACAUACAUGGAAGGGGUGCAUUUUGGAGAUAACAAUGUGGGAAGAGAACAAGCUUCAGCCUCCCACUGGGCCUCACCCCUGUCCCUGUGACCUUGAGGAGAGUUGCAGCUGCAGAUGCCCAGAGGGCACAAGUGGGAAUGGCAGGGUGGGCAGAGGAACUGGAAGCAACAAACCAGAGAUAAUCUUUUUCUCUAAAAUAAAGAAGUCACUCGUAAAAAUGCAACAGAAAUUUGGAGCAGCCAGAAGGAGAUAUGAGGUCAUGAAAGGUUUUUUUAUGGGUUAUUUUUUUUGCCUUUCGGAGAACAGGUUAUUGGUGUGUGAUUGA